AUGCCGCUCUCGCCUAGUACGCAGGGUACGAGCAUUAUCAGCAGGGACUCGAUGGACAAGUCUGUCGGUGUUCCUGUGACCACCGUCACAGCGCCGGACUCACCAACUGCGAUACCCGAGGCGACCAAAUUGUCUUCGGACCGGGAUCAGCUACAAGUGAACGAAAAGCUUGAUCAUUUCAUAAGCGAUGACGAAGAUAACAUUUCUAACGGAAACGGUCAUAUGAAUGGCAGCGGAUCGACGUUAGGACAAGAAUAUCUGAAACCAGAACAAGAUCCCGGCAACGGCAAGACGAUUAAGAAGAAGGCGAGCCUGAUGGGUCUCAAGAACAAGUUCUCGUCCAAAUUUUCCUCAUUCACCAAAUCAAAGAAGGGAAAAACAUCAUGCCCCGCGAGUCCCGAAAGCAUGCUUGUCGUCCCCGCGGAUGAUAACGAUGCUACGCUCUCGGACUCUUCACCCGAUAUUGUCAAGCGCGCAAAGAAGUGGAGGCCUAGAUCCAGCGGCUCAUGA